AUGCUAGAACGUCAAUUACGUGAUCGGUUUGCAACGGGUCUCAACCAUCCCCGACUUGAAGUGGAAUUGAAACAAAGAUGGCCAGAGCUAAAAACAUUCGAUGAUAUUGAAGGCAUAGAAAACGAAGUGUCGUUCGCGGAAGUUUUCAAAAUAGCGCUAUCAAGAGAGUUGGCGGAAAAAGACAUUGUAGAAAGUGAAUGCGCGGAAGUGAAAAAGAUAGUAAAACGUCGUUCGAAAAUCGGUAAGCGGAUCCGAAUUUUGUCGGAAGAACAAUGUUUAAGAUGUGGUGCGCGUGAAAGACAUUCAAAAGACAACUGCAAGGCGGCGAAUCACAAUUGUGAAGCGUGUGGCAAACGUGGACAUUACGGGUCGUGCUGUAUAAGAAAAGGCAGAGCUAAAUUGAUCGCGAGAGACAAAAAGAAACAACAGCGUAUUUACAACGUAAAAAAUAGUGAUACAUCUAUUUCGAGUUGUGAGCAAGUUUUUAAAGUAAUGAGUGCCAUUGCUAAGAAAAGAAACAUUGACGUUAAGAUAAACGGUGUCACGUGUACGAUGGACUGGGAUCCGGGCGCGUCAGUUUCCAUUAUAAGUACAGAUUUUUGGAAACAGAUCGGAUCACCAACGCUUAAAGGGAAGCCAAAACUACUGGCUUAUGGCAAUUUCGAUUUACCUUGCCAAGGGGAAGCUACAGUGACAGUGACGCUGAACAAGCAAACGCGAUCUUUGAAAGUAGUCGUGGUGGACAACGCGAAUCCAAUGUUAUUUGGCUUAGAGUGGAAUGAAGCCUUCAAUUUGCCACUGCCCGAACCAGUGUACAACGUAGAUCGUGUCAACAACCACGUGCAGCCGACAACGAAACCACUGCAUCAGAAGUUAAAUGACAUAUUGGAAGAGAACAAGCAGCUAUUCGAAGAAGGACUGGGAAAAAUAAAUAACUACCAAGUUAAAAUUCACGUAAAGGAAACAGCAACACCAAUACAUAUUCCAGCCAGGUUACAGCAGCUUGGAAUUAUCUCACCUGUUGACCCCAACGAAACACCGAUCAAAUGGGCAACACCCACUGUCAACGUGGUUAAACGAAACGGAAAUAUACGUAUUUGUGGUGAUUUUCGUGUUACACUGAAUCCAGCACUAGUAACAAUACGACAUCCAGUACCAACAUUCGAAAACAUCAGUCAGCAGCUUGCCAAGGGUGAGAAGUACACGAAAUUAGAUCUACGCGAUGCCUAUCUACAAUUCGAGAUUAGUCCAGAGUCAAGGAAAUACCUAAUCAUAUCCACACACAAAGGUCCAGAUGAAGAUAGCCAUCUAAGGUCAUUAAGAGAAGUUUUUAAACGUCUGCGUGAAGCUGGUUUUCGUAUCGAAAAGAACAAAUGUAGCUUUUUUCAAGACAGUAUCGACUAUUUGGGCCAUCAAUUCAACCGAAAAGGGAUCUAUCCAGUGGGAGACAAGCUGAUAGCAAUCAAAAAUGCUGCAAUACCCACUAACAAGAAGGAGUUACGAUCUUUUCUGGGAUUGGUCAAUUUUUACGAGAAAUUCAUACCCAACUUACAUGGAGCAUGUUCCGAACUACACGCAUUAACUGGUACAAAGUCGCAAUGGCGAUGGUCAAUAAAGGAACAGAAACAAUUUGAUAAUGUUAGAUAUAUGAUAGCUAGCGCCCGUCAUCUAACUCCUUACGAUCACACAAAACCGCUUUAUUUGGCAACAAAUGCAUCCGAUGUAGGCCUUGGUGCUGUUUUAUAUCAUCAAGACGAGGCUAACAACGAGUUACCUAUCGCCUACGCGUCACGAAAAUUGAACGAAGCAGAACAAAAAUACGCUACCAUUGACAAGGAGGCAUUAGCAAUAUUUUUCGCCGUGAAGAAAUUUGAUCCAUAUUUACGUGGGACAAAGUUUACAUUAAUUACGGAUCACAAGCCGCUUCAACACCUGUUGGGAGACAAACGAAAUUUGCAAAAAAUCCCAAACAACCGUCUGACGAGAUGGGCACUAAUGUUAGGUGCAUACAAUUACGAUAUACAGUAUCGUCAAGGCAAAUACAAUAUUCUAGCUGAUUGCUUAUCACGCUUACCAAACGCACAUGAAGCAAUUUCGGAGGAAGCGCAGAAGAUUCAUAAAAUUUAUGCGGUAAUUCAAACACGGAAGCUUGAUGAUAUUGUACUAACAGAACAGGAACUUAGGAAGCAGACGAAACAUAACUUAAUAUUACGACGAGUAAUUGAGUUAAUUGAGCGUCACUGGCCAGACACGAAGUGUAUCAACAACGAGCUGAAACCAUACUACGACAAACGGGAGGAACUAUCAUACGAAAACGGUAUUUUGAUGUGGCAAGGACGAAUUAUCGUGCCCGAUAGUCUUCAAGAAGUAACAUUGAGGCAUCUUCAUAGAGGGCAUCCAGGCAUUGGCUCUAUGCGUGCGUUAGCGAGGUACUAUGUAUGGUGGCCGAACAUCGACAAGGACGUGGAACAUACAGUGAAAUCAUGCAUGGCAUGUCAACGGCAACGCCCAAAACAAUCUGAACUGCCAAUCUGCUUUUGGUCCCUGCCAGAUCAUUGUUGGCAACGACUGCAUGUGGACUUUGCAGGUCCCUUCGAAGGAAAAAUGUGGAUUGUGCUUGUUGAUGCUUUAUCAAAGUGGGUAGAAGCAGAUGUACUUUAUGCUGCCACCACAAGAACUUUGUGCGAAUUCCUAGAGGAGAAGUUUAUAACAUUUGGUUAUCCGGAAAUUAUCGUGUCGGAUAAUGGUAGUCAAUUUACGUCAGAAGAGUUUCGAAAUUAUUGUCAAAGUCAUGGAAUAAAACAUGUAACGUCUUCACCGUACCAUCCGAAAACCAACGGACUAGCCGAACGAUUUGUACGAACAUUCAAGGAGCGCAUGAAAGCCAGUGAAUAUGAUGGUUUAUCACAACGUCAGCGCUUGCGCACAUUUCUAUUUACAUAUCGAAACACACCACACUCCUUUACAGGGAAGGCACCAUCUGAAUUUUUGCUAGGUCGACGCCUGCGAACUUUAUUUGACAAUCUGAAGCCUAAUGUACGGCGAGAGAUGCAUUUUAAACAUGUAAAACAAAAUCUUCAAGCAGAGCAGUCUAACAGAGAGUUCCAACCAGCACAACCAGUAUUCGUAAAGACAGACAUCGAGAAAAUGUGGGAACCAGCCAACAUAGUCGAAAGAACAAAUCGAUAUUCCUACCGUGUUCGAACAAAAGACGGUGUAGAAAGAAGACGACAUGCAGAUCAUAUCCGAGAACGGAGGGUAAUACCACCAUCAAUCGACUUCCGGGAUGUUUUAGAUUUUAAGCGAAACAGUUUCCAUUACCAAUCUGCAAGCCCGACAGCAAAUGAUGAACAGGAACAUCAGCAGUCUAUGCAGCCCGCUAUACCGUCGCAUGAAAACGGAAACAUGAGUGAACAAGGACAACACACCGAAGCACAACAAAUUGAACAUCCAGUACGGCGAAGCCAACGGCUAAGAAAUCGACCCAAGAGACUAGGCGAAGAGAUGUAA